UCCCCUGUUCAUUCACAAAAUGGCGGAUAUCUUCGAACUCACAAUGAAAAUAGAAAAGCGAGAAAUUCAAUUUCACUCGAGACUCAAUCUGUAAUCUAUCAUUAAUCUAUGCGUUUUAGAUUAUUCGUUUCAUUAUUUCAUUUGAGAGAUUAAUUGCUGGAAUUGUAUUUUUUUCAUGAGAAUGAUUUUUUUUUUUGCAAUUGUGAUUUUCUGGAAUUUUUUUAUUGCUUUCGGAUUCGAUGCUCAGAUAGAGCUGAGUAAAUAUUGUAGGGAUAAAGACAGAUUAAUAACUUCUGAUGAGCUUGAUGAGUAUCUUCUCGUUGAUGCUGAAUUGAAUUCGACUCUGGGGCUUGAGUGUCAUUUUUGCAAUGAACCCAGUGAUGAUCAGCCCAGGAUGUGGUACUUCCAGGAUCGACUCCAGGAGAAAGAGGAGCGGGAAGUUGACUUGGGUAUGAGCAAUAACAUGUCUUCUAACCGAAUCCACUUGACGCCAGAAUUGAAUUUAAUUAUCAAAGACUUCGAGCUCAAAGAUGCUGGGAUUUAUAGAUGUCAUGGCCCACUGGGCCAGAACAUGGAGAAUAAAUUUAAUUACAGGAUUGAACCCAUUUUCAAGGACGUCCUCGAUAUUGGAGCUACUAAAGGCAAUAUGUCUGAUUGGGAGAAGUACAGGGAGGUCAAUCUGAUGCCUGUGACACUUCGUCUAGCUGUUUCCAGAAUGAAGGAAUUAGCUCAGAUUCGUGCUGCUGGUGUCACCCUCGAAAUAGUCUCUGAAUGGAGUGUUUGGAGUCCUUGUGAAAGAUGUAGAGGGAAGAAAGGGUUUAGAACGAGUAGAGGACAAUGUAGAAUAAAAAGAUUGAUAGAAAAUCGAACAAUGUUGACGGAAGAUGCAGAGCACAUAAUAAAAUUCUUUUCCAAGUCUCCCCUCAUCCCUUGCAAGUCCUUGACCCUCGAUUCCGAGUUUCCAGCCAUCAGCAGUGCAACCAAGUUCCUUCCAGAAUUUUUCCUCGAGGAGAAAUGCAAGAAGUGUCCGAGAGAAAAAAAAGUCAAGAAGGGUAAAUUCAAAUACAAGAAGAGGUACACUCUGGCCGAUGGUGCUCAUCUAGCUCUGGUAUGUCCAGAGAGCUCCAUGGAGUCACAAGUUACCUGGAGGAAGGACUCCACAGUCCUGAAGAAGGGGACUGGCAGAUCCUUCAGAAAAAAGGACGCAGAGGCCAGAGUACUCGUUGAUACAUUCUCCACGCUUUAUUUAAUUGGAGUAUCCAAUCAGGAAGAGGGAAAUUAUACUUGUUAUGUUGGUGAUGUCAGGAUGAUGCAGGUCAAAAUCAGAGUUGUUUCUAAAACUCGAUUAUUAACGCAAGGUUUACUCCGGAGAUGCGUCGAUUGUCGAUCUAGGGGGGAGUUGGGCUCGUGCAAGGAUCCUUUCACAAUGAAUGCUACGAUGAUUGAGAGUGAGCCCGGUGUUGAUGUUGUACCAUGUGCGUCAGGAUGGUGUGGAAAAGUGAUAGAAUCACCUAAUUUGAAUAAUGAAUACGGUACAGCAACGCAAAGAAUGUGCCUCCAACGAGGACCGGGCGAUGGUGAGGAGAGAUGUGCCUACACAAUAAAAAAUUCCAAGAAAGUGUGGAUGUGCUUCUGCAAUGGUGACUUGUGCAACACCGCCAAUUCCCUCAGCAUUUCUGGAUUAUUUGUAUUCGUAAUGAGCCUCGUUGCACUCCGGUGAUGGACAAAAGACUGUAUAUUUUAAUGUAAAUAGUAGAAUGAUGGAUAAUGCAAGUACAAAUAACCUGACAUUGUAUCUCUGGGGAAUAAAGCGUGAGUGCCGAUGGUCGUUCUCAUUAAAAUA